UUAUUUCCCAAAGUCUUUGAAUACCUUGACUCUGUGAAGGUUGGUGAUGUCAAAGGGAAGGCUACGGACAAUGGGGCAUCUGAAUGGGUGUUAAUUUCGAAAGAGAACCGCAGGCUCAGUGUCGCACCUGAGCCCUUCCCAACUGGCAAACACCUCGAACGGUACAAAGGCAGAAGCAAUGCCUCACUUCAACAGACAAAUAUCUUUAUUGGUGAGUCGUUGAUAAAUUCGUCCUAG